AUGACUGGUGUUGAUCAACCUCAAGUCCAACCCGCCGACACUAACACCAAACCCUCCGACUCUCACUCCCAUACCCCCUCUGAUUACGCUCCAUACCCUAAAAUUGACCCAAACGACGUCGCACCACCACCACCACCAUCUCAAUCCGUUGCAACCGAAUCACGCGCCACCGAUGCUGCCACCACUAUGCCCACCGAGUCUAAUCCAUAUGUCUCCCCGGCGCCUGUCCCCGCACCCACACCUGCGAAGAAUACUUUAGAUUCGGUGAAAGAUGUUCUUGGAAAAUGGGGAAAGAAAGCGGCUGAGGCCACCAAGAAAGCCGAGGAUCUUGCUGGAAAUAUGUGGCAGCACUUGAAAACGGGUCCUAGUUUUGCGGAUGCUGCUGUGGGGAGGAUUGCCCAGGGAACAAAAGUUCUGGCAGAAGGUGGUUAUGAGAAAAUCUUUAGACAAACUUUUGAGACUGUACCCGAGGAACAACUUCUUAAAACAUAUGCAUGCUACCUCUCCACCUCUGCUGGACCUGUCAUGGGAGUCUUGUAUUUGUCAUCUGCAAAGCUCGCAUUUUGUAGUGAUAACCCACUCUCUUACCAAACCGGUGACCAGACUCAAUGGAGCUAUUAUAAGGUGGUUAUUCCAUUGCAUCAGCUGAGAGCAGUGAACCCAUCCACAAGCAAAGUCAACCCUUCCGAAAAAUUUAUACAGAUUAUCUCUGUCGACAACCAUGAAUUUUGGUUUAUGGGCUUUGUGAAUUAUGACAGCGCUGUUAAACAUAUUCAAGAAGCAUUGCAGUCUCGCUGA